AAUUGGAAUAGGAAUUGGAAUCAUAAUGAAAUUCUAUUUAUAUGUACGGAAUUAUAAUCAUCUUCUCAACAAACCCUAAGAAGCACGAACCCUAAGAAGCACGACCGAGGAGUUUUCAAAGGAUGGAGACGGGAAUGAUGGUGGAGAAGAAGGAGAAACCCCUAGUGCCGGGAAAGAAGAUGAUGAUGGAGGAGAGGAUAGCAGAUCAUAAUUUGGAGGAUGGAGCGUUGGAGAAGAAGGAGAAACCACGAGUGCCGGGAAAGAAGAUGAUGGUGCUGAAGAACAAGAAACCACGAGUGCGGGGAAAGAAGAUGUUGGCGAGGCUGUCGAGGAUUUUCAUGGAUAAGAAGACGUCGUAUACGGUGUCGGAGGAGGAAUCCCUCCCCCGGCAGCAGGAGAAUCUGAGGGAGGUAUUCUUCCAGUAUCCAGAGAAGGGAUUGCAGAGAAGAUUGAAGACGGUGGCGGGAUCAUCAAUUCAGCCCACGUGUGAGCAGAAGGUAAGGCCAGUAGUUUUCAUAGUUUGCCAAUUGAGAAAUUCUUCUGUUUACUCUGCUGCGAUUUUCAAAUUAGAGAUGGGAAAAACUCUAGUAAAAUCUGAAGGUCGAUUUGAAGUGUUUAAUAGAAGGAAGUAUUUGGGCAAGGAAACCUCUCCACGUUUAGGGUCUGUGUCUUGUGCUAUGGUGGGUAACGAAUUAUACUUAGCGUGUAGUUAUUCGCAGCUUGACCUUCAGGGCGGCCAGGUCCGCCAAGCUCCUGUUCAUGUGUUCAACACUUUGCAUGACCGACUGAUUGAGUUGCCGUCGUCAUCUCAUGGUUUUGUUACACCCAAACCUUUCCCCGUAGUUAUGGCUGUUGGAACUCUCCAACUUUAUGUUUAUGGACAAUCUAUGGCAACUUCAUUGAAUGUCCCAGCGCCAGCACUUGAGAGCUUUAACAUUGGAGAGUUCGAAUGGGAAUCACAAUUACCUCCACAGUUUAAUUUACCGAGCUGUACCUUUGUUAAUGGUUAUGCGGUUGUAAAGAAUUUUCUCCUCAUUUCGGUUGCAGAUUUCAAUGGUAGAAGUUCUCGUAAUGAGUUUUUCUACUGGAAUUUCUCUGGUGGUUCUAAUUCCAAAAACAAGUGGGAGAAGAUGAUCUUGUCAAACGGCCAAAAAAAUAUACGCUAUCCAUUCUCUGGGAAGGCUGAGUUUGUUGAAGAUGUGAUUUAUUCAUACAAUAGAGGCUUGUAUGCAUACCGGGUUGAUUGCUGUUCUGACAAAGAAGGUCUACAGAUAUCUCCUCCUCAGCUAGUUGGAUUUCCCAAGUUUGCAGCCCCGCCUGUGGAUUGGUCUGAUUCCAUCCAUUUCUCGUUCAGCUGUGCAUAUAUGGGGAUUGGGAAGAGAUUCUGUAUCAUCAGGACUGGGGACUCGGGUUGUAUUGGUGAUCAACAAUUCGUGGCCGUAUCUGUAGUUGAAGUUUCUGGAGAUAUGCAGUGUCUAACAACCCUCUCUUCGACAAUCUGCGCACUCGACAUCAGUGGCCUCGGCAGUGACUUGAUCCUCGAUUCUUGCUUUGUCAAAGGCAGAGAUUGGGAGCAAGAUCCCUUUGAACUUUGAAGGAUGGGAUCGGAAGGCAGAUCCCUUUGAAGGUUGGGAGCAAGAUCCCUUGGGAGGUUGGGUGAAUGGAUAAGAGUAUAAUAUGAUAUGAAUUUAUUUUGUUUGACGAGCAAAUUUGGGAUUGUGCAUGUAUUUUGUGGAGCUUGGUAAACUUUAAUGUUAUGAACACUUAUUUUCCUUGUUUCGUAAUCUCAAGUGUUGGAUCUGUGUCUUUCUGGUAAUGGAAAUUUGAAUGAAAGGUGGUCUAUAUUUAUCAUGCAA